CUCAACUGUUUUAGAAGAGCAGUUUCCCAGAUUUCUCCAUGGAGCUGUGACUGACUACAGUGGAACCGAGAGCAAGAGGAAAGGACUACCUGCGAGCAAAUGCCUGGCUCAGCCUCACCCUGUGUGGCGUUCACACAGCUGUGGCUGACUCUACUGGUUGUGACUCCUGUCAAUGGACAACAUGAAACUGCACCCCUAUCCGUGGUUUCCCUUCAGCCUCCAUGGACUACCUUCUUUCGAGGAGAGACUGUCACUCUGACUUGUAAUGGAUUUGGAUUACCCCAGAAAACAAAAUGGUACCAGAAAAACAAAACAUUGAGGCAAACCCAAGGUGUUUUGGUGGGUAAAGCACCUACCUUAAUGGUCCGUGAGUCCGGAGAGUACUGGUGUCAAGCCAACAGCUUACCUCCAAGCACACCCGUGCACUUAGUCUUUUAUAAAGAAGUUUCCCUGGUACUGCGAGCUCCACCUCCUGUGUUCGAAGGAGACUCUGUGGUGCUGAGGUGCGACACAAAGCGAAGCAUAGCAGCAGAGACCCUGACAUUUUACAAGAACAAUCGAGCUCUGGAAUUACCUCAUCCUAGUUCUGAGCUCCAUAUUCGUCAUGCAAAUCUGAAGGACAACGGUCAAUACAAAUGCUCUAGGAAGUCGACGUGGGCUUGGGGGAGCGUCAUUUCUUCCAAUACAGUCGAAGUUCAAGUCCAAGAGUUGUUCCCACAUCCUGUGCUGAUGGCCAGACCUUCCCAACCCAUAGAUGGAAGCCCAGUGACCCUGACCUGUAGAACCCAGCUCUCUGCACAGAGGUCAGAUGCCCAGAUCCAGUUCUGUUUCUUCAGAAACUACCAGGCUCUGGGAUCAGGCUGCAACAGCUCCUCAGAGUUUCACAUUCCUGCCAUAUGGACUGAAGAUUCAAUGUGGUACCGCUGCAAGGCAGAAACAAAGAAUUCUCAAGUUGAAAAACAAAGUAGAGCAUUCAAAAUUCCAGUGCAGAGAGCUUUGGCGGACUUCCAAACAAGCAUCAUCCCAGCCUCAAAGUUGAUGUUUGAAGGGCAGUUGCUGUUACUCAACUGCUCAAUAAAAGGAGUCCCAGGGCCCCUCACAUUCUCCUGGUAUAAAAGGGAUGUGCUGAAUAAAGAAACAAAGAUUCCUAAGUCCUCAGAAGCAGAAUUCAAGAUCUCCAAAGUGAACAUCAGCGACGCAGGGGAGUAUUACUGUGAAGCUAACAACAGCCGCCGAAGUUUUGUCAGCAGGGCAAUUCCCAUCACCAUAAAAGUCCCAGUGUCUCAACCAGUUCUCAACCUAAGCACCGGCAAGACCCAGGCCCUUGAGGGAGACUUGAUGACACUUCAUUGUCAAUCCCAGAGGGGCUCUCCAUAUAUCCUGUAUGAGUUCUACUAUGAGAAUGUCUCCCUGGGGAACAGCUCUACACUCUCUGGAGAAGGAGCAUCCUUCAAUUUCUCUAUGAGCACAGAGCGAUCUGGAAACUACUACUGCACAGCAGACAAUGGCCUGGGAGCCCAGCGCAGUGAGGCUAUAUGGAUCUCUGUCUUUGACAUGACAAAGAACAGAACUGUUCCUGUGGCCACUGGAAUCACUGUGGGACUGCUCAUCAUGGCUGUUGGAGUGUUUCUGUUUUAUUGCUGGUUCUCUAGAAAAUCAGGGGGAAAGCCUACCUCUGAUGACUCCAGGAGUCCUUCAUAUUCAGAACCCCAGGAGCCCACCUAUUACAACGUACCAGCCUGUAUAGAACUGCAGCCAGUGUACAGCAAUGACCCUAAAGAAAACGUGAUUUACACAGAAGUACGGGGAACUCAACCAAGACGGAAACAUGCAGUUCAGGAGUCUGAAAGUCCAAGAUCAAGAUGCCAGAUGGCUGAGAAAAACUAGGACAUGUCUCCUCCAAGUUCUCUCUUCCAGGUCCUUUGAUCCCAGUUCCCUGCCACGCAGACUGGGGGAUUCUGGCACCUGAACAGGGACUCUGGGGAUCGCAGAAGAGAGAACGCCACUCUGAAAAGAAGGGUAGACCUACCCGUUUAUUUUACAGAGCAUUGAGGGUGACUACUUGAAGUGCCUGAGGGCAACUUCGCAUAUACAGAGUGCUUGAGAGCGACUCCCGAAGCACUGUGAGUGACUUCGCUUUCUACAGAGCACCCAAGAGACGAUUCCCAAAGCGCUUCGCAAUCAGAAGGACACCACGGUCCAACCCACCGUGAGACAGUCCGUGUGGAGAAUCAGAGCGGCCAGUCUUUGAGGUAAGGCACAGGACAAGCAUUUUCUAAGCGGUCACUAUUUGUGACAGGGCUCAAGAAGUCCCUCAGGACGCGAGGAACUAGAGUUAAGAAAAAGGAUUUAAAGAAAUUUUUAGCUUUUGUAGCAGACAUUUGUCCAUAAUUCCCCUAAGAGGGAAAAAUUGAUGAAAAACGGUGGCUCCGAGUUGACGAUUGUAUUAAAAAUUACUAUGAAACAUUUGAAUCUGCAAAAAUGCCUGUUAGAGUUUUUUAGCUAUUGGUCCCUUUUUAAUGACAUUCUGAGAAUCACCCCUAGAAUGGCCAAAUCUCCGGUAUUUGAUCUACGAAGGAGAGCGGUCUCUUACAGAGUCCGUCUCCCGUCUUCCUUCUGCUAACAUAACUUGUACACUGAAUCUGUCCCCUUUAAGAGAGGAACCUUUAUUUGCCCCGCCUUCAGCAGCUGGUGCCUUGGAUAGGUCUGCUUCUCUGUCAGUCAUCAUUAACAUGGACGCCAUCCCCGACCUUCCCCCUGUAGAAAAACUUUCUCCAAAACCUCUUAAUAACAAGCCCAAACAGAGCCUUUAUCCCUCUUUUCGUGCCCUUGAGGACGCUGGCAAUCUGCCACCCGUGAAUGAAAUGAAUCUUUCAGAAGAGGCAGCCCACUAUGAAUUGAAUCAUCGGAUCAUUAUUACAACCCGCCCAAAAUGGCCACAAUUGUCCUAGCCUCACCCCCUUCCCCACCCCACCCCCAGAGGUGUUGCUACACUCCCGUCUUUUAUUCUGCCACCACCUUAUGGAACUCUAGAUACAGUUUUUGACCUGCCUGCCAUGUCUGACACAUGCUACCAGUUGACUUUUGAUGUGACAUCCCUGGGAGGGAAGGUAUAGACCCAGAAGAAACAGAUCCAAUUGGUUAGAGGUUACUGCUGUGGCAGGGAGACACAGCUGCCAUGGAGAUUUCAGAGCCCUCCUGGGAACAAGAGAGAAUCAGGAGACGUCCUGCUCUCUCUGGCUCCUAUUGGAGAGAUCCUUAGUUCUGCUUUUUAUGCCUAUUGUCUGUCCUUAGAGUGCCAUUCUGUCCAUGUGUGUCAAUUGUCUGUCUUUGUUUCAUUGUUUGAAUGAUUGUUGUUCUAUGUUUCAUACUCAAGAGAAAAAAUGGUUAAAACUGCUUGCUAUCCACCCCUUGAUUUAGUUUAAAACCUGCUUAAAAGACAGUUUCAAUUUAUACAACAGAGGCUGACAGAUAAGUUACCCUGCUCUGAGACUGGGAGUAGGGCACAGCAGAAGGAGUCCUGACAGGAGUUGGGGGGGGGGCAAUAGUUUUUUGGUAUCUAUCGUAAAGGGACUGAUAGUCAUUUUCCCAGUUCAACAAGUGAAAGGGUGCUUUUCUCUUAAAAUUACAGCUGGAAAAUGUAAGAAAAAUUUGUUUAGAUAAAAUC